AAUUCGUAAAUGAAUCCAUGGUUGAUUGUAGGUUACCAAUUGAAAACUAUUAUAUCCUUUCAAAUCUGAAUUUUAAAAUUAGACAAUUUUAAUGCAUAAUUGGAUCAAUGGAUUUGAAAUUUAAUCAAGGUUUAUUCUUACAAGAUCAGAGAGUUACGGUCGUUAAGUUUAUCUCGCUUCAUCAGUUCUUUCUUCUUCUUUGAUUGAAACAAUGAGUACAUCAUCAAAAUGAUAGGGAGACAAAUUCAAUUAUUGCUUUGAAUUUGGUAGACAGUUAAACUAUCAAACAAUAGGAUAAGGAUAUAGUUUGAGAUUAUCAAUAACUUCAAGAUUUUAAAUUGUUUUAUGAGUAUAUUGCUGGUGUAUGUCAUUUUUUUCCAUUCUCUUAUUUCAUUUCAGUUUGAUAUCGGAAAUCAAAAUAUUCUUCUAUAUUCUAAAACAAUUUUCACUGAGGAAACAUGAUUAUUCAAGUAUUUUGUUUAUUCGUUGUACUUUUACCAGGAUUGGCGCAAAGUUUUGAUCAUCCCAACGCUCACUUGAUAAACGAUGCAAGCUGUGGAGUUAUGAAGCCAGGCCAGAGAAUUCACCAGGGGAGAAAUGCAAAUCUUGGAGAAUUCCCUUGGAUGGUUUACAUUUCGACUACAAAAGAAUACGCUGAUGGACCUGACCGAUAUUUUUCGUGCGGAGGGACAAUCUUAAAUAGCAAAUACGUGUUGAGUGCUUCUCACUGUUUUGUAGGUGCAAAUGCCACCAGAAUUAGUUCUAUUCUAUUCAUAGGAGAAUACAAUACAAAAACGAAUCCAGACUGUGUGAACGAUUUUUGUGCACCUCAUGUUGUGCUUCACAAGACAGAAGAGAUAAUUAUCCAUCCUAAUUUCUUCUCGUCUAAUGCCGGCAGUGAUAUCACCCUUAUUAGAGUGAGAGGCGAAAUACAAUUCAAUGAAUUCGUGGCUCCAAUUUGCUUGGAAGAUGGAGAUUUGCUGACACAUGACUAUACAGGAGAGGACGCCCAUGUGGCUGGCUGGGGAACUUAUGAUUUUGCGGAUAUCAAUAGAACACAACUAGUCAUGCCAGAUAUUCUUCAAACUCUGUCAGUUCCGAUUGUAGAUGACGACACCUGUCUGGGUACAAUGCGAAGUAUAGCCCCUAGUUACGAGCAAUAUUUUGUUAUCGAGUCACAAGUAUGUGCCGGUGGCAUAGCAGAGCACUUUGCCUAUAAGGGUGACUCGGGUGGCCCCCUAAUGGUGGUCAAACAGAUGGACUCCGAGCAGCCGCCCCGCUUCUACCAGAUAGGGGUUGUCUCAUGGGGUGGGCUCACUGUCAAUAUAACCAGCUUCGAUAGUCCCACUGUCUACACCAGGGUGCGAUACUAUCUGCCGUGGAUUCUGGACAAUAUGAGACCCUGAAAACGGAGAGAAACCUUCAAAACAAUAUUCACCUUGGUGCACUGGAUUCUGGACAAUAUGACACCCUCGAAAUGAACUGGAAUAACUUGAAAAAAAGUGAAUUAAAUGCUGAACUGGAUUCUAGACAAUAUGAAACCCUGAAAACGGGAACUAUUCUCCUUCAUGGUUCCCUUCAAGAAUCCUUGAAGGAGAAUAUUCACCUGGGUGCACUGGAUUCUAGACAGUAUGACACCCUCGAAACAAACUGGAAUAACUUGAAAAAAGCGUGAUAAAUCCUGAACUGGAUUCUGGACAAUAUGAAACCCUGAAAACGGAAAGAAACCUUUAAAAAAAAUAUUCACCUGGAUGCACUGGAAUCUGGACAAUAUGCUGAUGACGAAUAUUUGUAAUCUUUGAGAAAACAAAAUGAUUAUUGCCGGUUGCACAAACGCAGGAUAAAUUUUAACAGUGAUGAAUUCCGCGAGAACCAAUCAGAGAAGCCGUAUUUUUAAAGGAGUCUUCUUUGAUUGGUUCUCGUGAAAUUAACCAGGAUUAGAAUUCAACCGGCUUUUGUGCAACCAGGCCUCAGAGUUAUUCAAAAAGUGUCAAUAAAUAAAUCGAUUGAGGUACUCUUUAUAAUGGCAGUAUUUAAUUAUUAAUUAAGUACCUCAAUCGAUUUAUUUAUUGACACUUUUCUGAAUUAUUACAAGGGUAAUUAUUACCCUUGGUGCUCAUAUCCUUGUCUAUCAUUCCAUAAAUCAGAUAGCGUUAUUCUUUGUCUACCUCCGCAAUUCUGCCAGAUCGUUUUUCGGUAGUAGUAUGAUUAAUUUAAAAAAAUAUUCAUUACCGGUUGCACAAAAGCUGGUAAAAUUUGAACCGUGAUUAAUUCCACGAGAACCAAUCAGAGAAGCCGUCAUAUAAAGAAAGGCUCUGAUUGGUUCUCGUGAAAUUAAUCAUGGUUGAAAUUUAACCGGCUUUUGUACAACCGGCACUCAAUCUCAAUAUGAAAAUUCAUUAAUAUUCAUCAAUGUAAAAUAUAUGAUGUUCUUGAGGAUUGGAAUAUGAUUUAUCAUUUCAAACCAGAAUGGACAGUUAAUAUUACAUUAGAUAUACCGGUAUCAGGUCUCUUCUAUAGAGGGCAGUAGCAAGGCAGAGAAUCGGCGAAGCUGUUCUCCUAUCUUUCUCCACUAUCAUUUAACGUGGACCUCAUUAUAGUUCAAACAUUCACAUUACUAUAAAUAAAAAUAGGAAUCUAAGUAGGUACCCUUUUUAAAAUUGUUUAAGAAACAAUUAAAAAAAUUAAACAAUUUUAAAAAGAGUACUUGAGUUGCGUUUACACCAAAGUUAUAAACAAAAUGUUUAUUUUUCCGUCCUUAAAGAUUCUAUUAGAUUGAAUGGAACUCAACAAACACUUAUGAUCAUAAUGUGUAUGAUAAGUUAUGUUCAAUCCAAUAGAAUCUAUAAGGAUUAAGUUAUUAGCAUUUUGUGUUAACGCAGCUUUUAGAUUUCUAUUUUUAUUUAUAUUCAAGAGUAGGCCUGGAGAAAAAGAGACUCAAAUUAUUACUGUUUACACCUUGAAAGAAUCAGAUGAUACUUCUAAAUCAUAUUGAUAUUCUUUAAUACAAAUAUUCAAAAUCAAUCAACAUAACCAAUUCAAUUAAAGUGUUUAUUUUG